AUUGCGUUUAUCGGUAGACAACUCUGAUAAAGUUGCCCUCUAGUUUUAAAAUGUCUGCAAUUUAUCGAGGCAUUAUCAAAGCUGUAGACAAAUUUGUCCCUGCGGGUCUUCAGUCAACAUGGAGCCAUCCUGCCGGUCCGAAGACAAUUUUUUUCUGGGCACCAACUAUGAAAUGGUGCCUGGUAAUAGCUGGUAUAGGUGACAUUGCACGUCCCGCAGAGAAGCUCUCGCAGUUCCAGUCUUCCGCUCUUGCUGCAACAGGUCUGAUCUGGUCCCGGUACUCUCUUGUAAUCACUCCAAAGAACUAUAACUUGUUUGCUGUCAACGUCUUUGUGGGGGCAACUGGGCUGUACCAGCUCUAUAGGAUUUACAAAUACCAGCAGUCGUUGAAAGCCCAGGAGACAAAGUAGAUCACAUCCAGGGGAGCUGUGCCAUGUUGUGAUAUCUUUGAAAAUAUUGCAGAUAUAUCCCGGAAUAUUAAUUUGUUUAAAAACAUAUGCAAACAUUUAUCAUCUUAAACAACUUUGAUUUUUACCCUUUUUUUAACUGAACUUCUUGUCCUUUCAAGCCAAAUAACACAAAAUCAAAUCUGUUGUGAUGAGUGUUAUUUAUUUUUGUCUGUUUUAUAACUAUCAGCAAUGUUUGGUUCAGGGUAUUGAUAUGCUGGGGUACGCCACACAUACACACCAACAUAUCUGUUUGACAAUGAUUAUAAAAUGUAAAAUUUGAUUUUAUGAAAUUAAUUAUUUUCUUGAUUUGACAAAUUAAUAGUUUGCUUUCUUCCAAUUAUAACAUUGACAAUUAUUGAUUUGAAUUUACUUAUAAAUUCUAAGAAAUACAUUUCGAUAUUUACAAAGUCAUUGGUUUGGAAUUUCGUUGAAAAUAUUUUUUAACUCCAAUAUAAUACAACAACAUCGCUUGUUACAUGGUUGUAUUCAGAAUUAUUAAAGGGAAUAUUGUGGUACUCAUUUUAGAAUUGUUAUGUUGUUAUUAUAUUUAGUGUAUAUAGUUUUAACUGGAAAUUAAAAGAUAUUAACCCGUAC